AAACGGUUAACUAUGUUUCUUUAACUGUCUAUGGGUUUAUCCCGCCCACCUCCUAGGCUCGCGGUACGUCAUAGGCUGCAGAAAGACACCGCCUCACUAGCUAGCUACUAUCUCAGCCCAGAGGUGUCCAGGUCGCAAACAGGCAGCCACAGUUUUUCUCGGAAAGUGAUCCAAAAUGACCAUGAAACUGGCUUACUGGGAUAUUCGUGGGCUCGCCCAGCCUAUCCGCCUGCUGCUGGAGUACACCGGCACCAAGUAUGAGGACAAGUUUUACGUCUGUGGUGAAGCUCCCGACUAUGAUAAGAGCUGCUGGUUUGAUGAAAAACCAUCACUUGGAAUGGACUUCCCCAAUCUGCCCUACUUGGAGGAUGGUGACAGGAAGCUAGUGCAGAGCAAUGCUAUCAUGAGAUACAUUGCUCGUAAGCACAACUUGUGUGGAGAGACAGAGGAUGAGAAGGUCCGUGUGGACAUCUUGGAGAACCAGUCAAUGGACUUCAGAAACGGCUUUGUGAGGAUGUGCUACACUGACUUUGACAAGAUGAAGCCAGGGUACGUUCAGAUGCUGCCAGACGUACUAAAGCAGUUCUCAGAUUUCUUGGGAGACAGGAAGUGGUUCGCUGGUGACAAGAUCACAUUUGUGGACUUCAUCAUGUACGAGCUGUUGGAUCAACACAGGAUGUUUCAGCCUACGUGCCUGGAUAACUUCAAGAACCUCAAAGAUCUUUUAGACCGUUUUGAGGCUCUGGAAAAGAUUGCUGCCUACAUGAAGUCAGACAGAUUCAUAAAGACUCCUGUCAACAACAAGAUGGCCAAGUGGGGAAACAAGAAAGAAAAAUAAUGCAAAGAAAUAAAGUUCCCAAGUGCCACUGACUCAACAACUUGUAAAUUCCAGACUAGAGUUAAGAUUGUCUUUAGUAUGUCUUUUUAUAAGCAGUUUACUAGCUGUUGCUUUAGUUUUCCAAAUAUGUAUGUGCCAGUUCUAAAAUAAUUUUCAGUUCAGUCAGAAUUUUGU